UUCGCAACCGUUAUCAUCUUUAUUAUUCGCCAUUCAGUUUGUGUUCACAACAUAAUAAAGACGUUAUGAACGUUGUCGAGGGUGAAUAUUCCGAUUCGAAAGAACAUGUUUAUCUUCAAGAAACAUUUUAUAUACUAUCUAAGAAGAACUCAGUAUUUCGGGUCAGACUUACAUCUAAAGGUUUAUCUUUGACCAAAGAAACCGAUGGUAGCUGUAAGGAGCAAACAAUUUUGUUACGAGAUAUCGUCGGUAGUAAAUGCAUGAGAAGUAAAAGACGACGCCCUGGUGCUGGUUCGUGCGUUUGUAGUUCUCUUGUAGGACCACAUCAGCUCAAAGUAGUCGACGAGAACAGUGGAGAUCUUGAUGAAAAUGAUAUCAGCGCGUACCUAUAUGUUUAUGCAUACAUACUAAAGCGUAGUCGCCGUACAUUUAAAAGAGAGCGCACAACAAUAACUCUGCGGUUUAGAUCUUACGAUAAAUAUGAUGAUAACAAUAAGGAAGCACAAAAAUGGAGAGCAACGCUGAAAUGUUUGAUUGCAAGUCAACCGAUAACGUACGCGCCGCCUGUGAACGAUAAGAAAUUACUCAUUCUUCUUAACCCAAAGUCUGGCCCGGGCAAGGCUAGGGAGCAAUUUCAGACGAAGAUAGCGCCGAUAUUGCAGGAGGCAGAGGUCCCUUACGAUCUACACGUGACGAAAUAUGCUCAAUAUGCGCGUGAAUUUGUUCGCACGAGAAAUGUUUACGCCUGGAGAGGUAUUGUGGCAGUCGGUGGCGAUGGUGUGCUAUUUGAAAUCCUCAAUGGCAUGUUUGAACGACUGGAUUGGCAGCAGGCUUUCAGUGAAGUGCCUCUUGCCAUUAUGCCAUGUGGCUCUGGAAAUGGCUUAGCAAGAUCUAUUUGUCAUCUGUACAAUGAACCAUAUAUCCCUCAAAAUCUAACGGGGUUAUCCAUGGCGUUGGCGAGAGGCGACUCCACCCACAUGGAUGUCGUCAGAGUGGAGACCAAAACUAAAAUUAUGUUUUCCUUUCUCUCGAUUGGUUGGGGCUUGUUAUCAGAUAUUGACAUCGAGAGUGAGAGGUUACGAGCUAUGGGUGGACAGAGGUUCGCAGUAUGGGCGGUUGCCAGAAUACUAGGACUGAGGAAGUACAAGGGCGUUGUAAGUUAUAUGAAAAUUAAGGAUAUCAGUAAUCUCCCCAAGGCCAAACAACCGCUCACUCUCAGCCAUAGCGUUAGUCAGGACGGCGCACUCGACUCCCCUGAUGCGGAAGCGUUCAUUGAUUGCGAUGAACAUUCCGAAGUGUAUAGCAACGCCAGGAGCGGAAGACAUCAGCGUGUAGACUCGUGGUACUCUGUCAAUUCUAGAAGAAGCGCAUUCUUUAGUACACGCGGAUCGGAAUACCAUAGCGUAACGAGUGAAAAUUCAGAAAUGCGCUCUCCUGUCCACGUCUGUAUGCAUGGGCCUGCGUCGCAUUUACCAUCUCUCAUGUCCCAACUACCCACCAAUUGGGUUCACGAACAAGGCGAGUUCAUAAUGGUGCAUGUAUCAUAUCAGUCCUACAUCGGGGAAGACUUUUUCUUCGCCCCACGGUCACAGUUGUGUGAUGGAGUAAUGUGGAUGCUAAUCAUUAAGGUUGGAGUUUCAAGGUCGCAACUUUUAUCAUUUUUGGUCAAUGCCAAUCAGGCCCCCCACGCAGAGUUGAAUUCCGAGUACAUUAAAAUGGUUCCUGUGAGUGCAUUUAGGAUAGUUCCCGAGGGGUCAGACGGUAUUCUCACUGUGGACGGUGAGCUCGUAGAAUAUGGGCCAAUACAAGCGGAAAUAUUUCCUAACAUAGUAAAGUUAAUGGUGCCAGAUAAUAAAUAACACUAGAGAAGUUUAAUUGUAAGAUUUAUUCCAAAUGACUGAAAUCAAUUAUUUGAAAUAAAACCGAGCCGACGGAAGUGCAAUAUGUGGAAUAUUUUCCUAUAAACAAAAUGUUUAAUAUAGGCCUUGUGCCACAAUAAUAUCAGAUUUUAUGCAUUUAUUAGCAAUGUUAAUUAUUGAAAGGUAAACUAGAUCAUUCCAAAAAUAAUCAAAUAUUGAUAGAGCA